CAAGAUGGCGGCUGGCGGCAGCGUGUAUUGGCCAUCAGAACUAGAACUCAAAUUAAACCUCAAUGCUAUCAAAAAAUCUGAUCAGUUCGUUGUAAAUAUUAUAGAUACUGCUUCGCAAGUCGCUUUAUACAAGUUUAAAUCAGAAACGCAAGCGUGGGAUAAAACUGAUGUAGAAGGUGCACUAUUUGUCUAUAUUAGGUCCAGUCAUCCCAAGCAUUCAUUUUUUAUCAUGAACCGAUUAAAUAUGAACAAUAUUAAUGAACCAGUUACUUGUGAUAUGGAAUUCAAGCAACAGGAUCCUUUUCUUCUGUUUAAAAACAAAAAAAAUGGUAUUUUUGGAAUAUGGUUUUAUGACGCACAAGAAUGUACUAGACUUUCAAACCUACUAAUAAAACUAAGUUCAGAAGAGACAACUCCUUCCAGAAGACCCCUUAGUAAUCCAGAAUUUGUUUCAAAGGACAAAGAACCAAAAGAAGAAGAAUCUGAAGACAAAGUGGACAUAAUGAGCAUGUUUGCUAAAGCUCAGGAGCAGUAUAACAAGAAAACAUCAGAGCAAGUUGAACCUCCAGAACAAAAACCACCCCUUCAAGAAAAACAGCAACAAAAGUUUCUCCAACAAAAUCAGCAGCAACUGGAACAGUUAAAAAGCAUGUUAUCUGGAAAAGAACACGUCAAAGUGAAACAGAGAGCCUACUCUUCUCCUGCCCCUUAUCAACCACAAGUUUACCCAGCUAUGCCAACACAGUUUCCAAGUAUCACUGAAAAUGGCUUAUCAAAUAACCAGCUUCCUAUGGGGUAUACCAGAGAAAAGGAUCUUGCAAAACCACAGUCGUUAUCUGUAAGCAAUGUUUUAACUUCUCAAGGAACUUCUGAUAUGUCUCCUGAUAGACCUGGAGCACAAAGAAAGCUGUUUCAGGGGGAUAAACAACAAGUCACAAAACAACAACAGGACUCACCUCAAAAAGGCUCCCACCAACCGGUAUCUGUUUCCACAUCUCUUUUAUCUCCUAUGGCCUUUAAAACAAUGGCAAAAACAACAACAACAACGACCACUACACCUGACCCUCAACCAAAAUCGACACCGCAGAAACUGGACAUAUCUCCAUUAACCCAGGAACAGUUAUUACAGGCUAUGAUGUAUUUAAUGAAGAAUGACAGUGAUUUUAUUAGGAAACUUCAUGAAGCCUACUUGAAGAGUUUACAUGAACUGUUACCGACAUAAAUAACAAUCAUGACUGAAGAUAGGAAAUAUCUUGGCUCAUUACACACGAUACAGAUGACCAAUGUGGAUAAURUGGGGGAAUUUCUGGUAAAAGUAUGGGGAUGUUUGUUGUGUUUGAGGGAUUUAAGUUAGUGAUUUGGUAUCUUUUAGGAUAUUGAAAGUGAAAUUUAGAAAUUUUUAGCAUGCCAAACAAGAAAAUCCAUGAACUAUAUUUAACUCUCAUUAAAUUAGGUAAAUUGUGUAAUAGACCUCCUAGGCUUUGCGUAAUGUUUUCCCAUUUCAGACCACGUGUCAUUCCCUUAAGAAUAAGAUUCUUUGUUUGAGUUAUAUCCAUAUUCAUGUGUCUUCUCAUGUGCAACCGAGUGCAAACCUUAAACAAAGAAAUGAUACUCUAGGGAAUGACACGUGGUCUGAAAUGGGAAAACAUGUCAGAGCCGAAGAGGUCUAUUUAUAGAUGGAGGGCCAUUAAAUAAAGUUGAUUGAUUGAUAUAAUGUAUAAUGCUCAGGAAACAAGCCAACUCAGCCAUUCCACAUUAGCAAAGGAAUUAAAUGUGGUAUCUUUUAGGGUUUAAAAAUCUAUGAAGCCACGCCCAUUUAAAAAGUUCCAUAUUUUAGGCGUAUGAUUUUUAGAAAAUUUCCAAUGAACAUCCCUGAUACUUUUACCACUGCGUCCCCCUCUGGAUAUGGAUGUAUCCUGUCUUUGUACAAACCAUUACAUUCAAGAAGGCACCAGGGAAGGCAGAAGGCAUCGUUUUUGUAUGAGUAGGAAAAAAAGACAGCAAAUUCAUAGUCUUUCUGGAGCUGUAGGAGUGCAUUCCGUUAUAGGGCUUUUUUGAUGGACACUUUUUUAGACAGAUGUCAGUUUAUGCAUCAAAAAACGAUAGAAAUUUAAUAAUUAACUCAACAAUUAAGGUUUCCUAUCUAACUUUUCACUAUCAUCAAGCAAAAAAGAACGCCAUAUAAACCAGCCCAAUCAUGCAAUGCACUUUUGUUGGAAAAAUUGGAAACCAAUAUCUUGGUCCAAAGCAAUUUCAUUGUUACAGUUAAAGUAUAGAUCAUGCUGUAACCCUAUAUUAACAUGGGAGGAUAAUCCUAGAACUAUGAGCUUUGCAGGUGAAUCAACUUUCAUUGGACCAUCAAUGUGUUUUGAAAUAGGUUUAUAGACCUUCCACACCCAUUUUCUUUUGUUGUCCAUCGGUUUUGAUUUUUCAAUUAAGACCUACAUUCUAAAAGUCGGUCUUACCGAUGGGGAACGAAAGAAAAUGGGUGUGGUGGUCUAUAAACAACCUAAAAACUGCUUGCUUGGUCUUCAUUGAAAUUCAAGACCUUGGGCAAUUCCUUCGGUCUUGAAUUUCAAUAGAAGACCUCGCACUUGGUUUUUAACCCGUAACGUAUUAAUUUUAUUACUUUCUGUUUCUAUGCACAUUGACAGGCUUCCUUAUGGUACUAGGAUAUUCCUAGCAGUAGAAUCUUCCUGUUUCUCAGAUAGGAAGUAAUAUUUCAAAGCCAACAAUGAGGACUGGACGGGAUUUCAAGUCCAAGCAAUUAGUUCCAGUCCGAGGCGCAGCCAAGGACUGGAACUAAUUGCGU